AUGAUUUUUGCAACACUAGCAGCAUUGUUGGUUACAACGUUUGCCGUUGCUGUUGCCGUGCCCUUUGCCGUUGCUGUUGCCGUGCUCUUUGCCGUUCCCGUCCCCGUCAUCCCGACACACCGUAUUGUACCACAGUUUGCUUCACUUACCGCGGUAGACAUUGCCGUGUCCACGCAGUUUGUUAACGAAACGCGAACCGAGGCCAUUAUCGCGGAUCUGGCCUGUGUACUACGCAAUAUAUCAUCCGUCAGCGUACACACCCGCAUGGUCAACGGUGCCAUGGCCCGUACGCGCCGCAGUAUGGGCAAUGACACGCGUCCUGGUCACAAAGGCUAUCUGGAGGUUACCGUUCACCCGCGUUUCUUUGGUGCCGUAAUCGACGCCGUAUCAGGAUUUGUUGAUACGGUAACGGAUGCCGUAGACGGCAUUCCAAUUGUAGAAACCGCCGUGUCCUGGGCUUUGAGCCCGGUUACGGGCGCACUAGAAACGUUGGACAGUGUUGUGAACGAAGUGGAGAAUGUGGUGGGGGCUAUCAACUACAUUACCGGAAAUGAUGAGACUGAGGAGGACACCGGAAGUAGCAGUGGUAGCGAGAGCUGCCCCGGUUGCCCGGCGGACUGGAUGGGGGACGGGUUCUGUGACGACGCUUGCUAUACGGCAUUCUGCGGCUUUGAUCUGGGGAACUGUGACGGAAUGACCGCACCAGAGUCGGACUGUGCGUAUUCGACUACUACAUUGCAGACGGCAUGUGCGAUGUAG